AUGCCCAGGCACCGGCAGGGCUCCUCCGAGCCCGAGCAGCCCUCCGCCGCCGAGCCCUCGGCCAGCCUGCCCUCGGACCCCGACCCCCGCCGCGCCGGCCGCACCCACGAGGUGUCCGUGCGGAGCGCGGGCGCCUGCCUCUGCCUGCCCGGCUGCCUGCGGCCCACCUUCGUGCCCGAGUCCCUGGAGAGCCUCUACCAGACCUACUUCCGGCGGCAGCGCCACGAGACGCUGCUGGUGCUGGUGGUGUUCGCCGCGCUCUUCGCCGGCCACGCGCUGGCCGUGUGCGCCGCCGCCUUCUCGGCGGACCGCCUGGCCCCGCUGGCCGCCGCGGGCGCCGGGCUGCUGCUGGACGCGCUCCUGUUCGUGCUGUGCCGGAAGGGGCUGCUGCCCAGCCGGGUCACCCGCAGGGCCGUGCCCUACCUGCUGUGGCUGCUCAUCUCCGCGCAGAUCUUCGCCCACCUGGGCCUCAGCGUGCCCGCCGGCGCCCACGCCGCCAGCGACACGGUGGGCUGGCAGGCCUUCUUCGUCUUCUCCUUCUUCAUCACGCUGCCCCUGGGCCUCAGCCCCAUCGUGGUCCUCUCCGUGGUGUCCUGUGCGGCGCAUACGCUCGUGUUGGGGGUCACCGUGGCCCAGCAGCAGCAGCAGCGGCAGCAGCGGGACAGGCUGAAGGGGAUGCAGCUGCUGAGGGAGAUCCUGGCCAACGUCUUCCUCUACCUGGGCGCCAUCGCCGUGGGCAUCAUGUCCUACUACAUGGCCGACCGCAAGCACCGCAAGGCCUUCCUGGAGGCCCGCCAGUCGCUGGAGGUGAAGAUGAACCUGGAGGAGCAGAGCCAGCAGCAGGAGAACCUGAUGCUCUCCAUCCUGCCCAAGCACGUGGCCGACGAGAUGCUGAAGGACAUGAAGAAGGAUGAGAGCCAGAAGGACCAGCAGCAGUUCAACACCAUGUACAUGUACCGCCACGAGAACGUCAGCAUCCUCUUCGCGGACAUCGUGGGCUUCACGCAGCUGUCGUCCACCUGCAGCGCCCAGGAGCUGGUGAAGCUGCUCAACGAGCUCUUCGCCCGCUUCGACAAGCUGGCGGCCAAAUACCACCAGCUGCGCAUCAAGAUCCUGGGCGACUGCUACUACUGCAUCUGCGGCCUGCCGGACUACCGGGAGGACCACGCCGUGUGCUCCAUCCUCAUGGGGCUCGCCAUGGUGGAGGCCAUCUCGUACGUGCGGGAGAAGACCAAGACCGGGGUGGACAUGCGUGUGGGGGUGCACACGGGCACCGUGCUGGGGGGCGUGCUGGGCCAGAAGCGCUGGCAGUACGACGUAUGGUCCACCGACGUCACCGUGGCCAACAAGAUGGAGGCCGGCGGCAUCCCCGGGCGCGUGCACAUCUCCCAGAGCACCCUGGACUGCCUGAAGGGAGAGUUCGACGUGGAGCCGGGCGAGGGGGGCAGCCGCUGCGAUUACCUGGAGGAGAAGGGCAUUGAAACCUACCUCAUCAUCGCGUCCAGGCCGGAGGUGAAGAAAACCGCCUCCCAGAACGGCCUGGGCAGCUCGGCCCUGCCCAACGGAGCGCCCGCAUCCUCAAAGCCCAGCUCCCCUGCCCUCAUCGAGACCAAGGAGUCCAAUGGCAGUGUCCACACCAGCGGCUCCACGUCGGAGGAGAACGAGGAGCAGGAUGCCCAGGCCGACAACCCCUCGUUCCCCAACCCUCACCGGAGGCUGCGCCUUCAGGACCUGGCUGACCGGGUGGUGGACGCCUCUGAGGACGAGCACGAGCUCAACCAGCUCCUCAACCAGGCCCUGCUCGAGCGGGAGUCCGCGCAGGUAGUGAAGAAGAGGAACACCUUCCUCCUGUCCAUGCGGUUCAUGGACCCCGAGCUGGAAACCCGCUACUCGGUGGAGAAGGAGAAGCAGAGCGGGGCCGCCUUCAGCUGCUCCUGCGUCGUGCUGCUCUGCACGGCGCUGGUGGAGAUAGUCAUCGACCCCUGGCUGAUGACCAACUAUGUGACCUUUGUGGUUGGGGAGCUUCUGCUCCUGGUCCUGACCGUCUGCUCGCUGGCGGCCAUCUUUCCCCGGGCCUUUCCUAAGAAGCUUGUGGCCUUCUCGACGUGGAUUGACCGGACCCGCUGGGCCAGGAACACCUGGGCCAUGUUAGCCAUCUUCAUUCUGGUCAUGGCAGAUGUCGUGGACAUGCUGAGCUGCCUGCAGUACUACAGGGGACCCAACAAUGGCACCUCGGGGAUGGCUACGGAGGAUGGCUGCAUGGAGAACCCCAAGUAUUACAACUACGUCGCCGUGCUGUCCCUCAUCGCCACCAUCAUGCUGGUGCAGGUCAGCCACAUGGUGAAGCUCACCCUCAUGCUGCUCAUCACGGGCGCCGUGGCGGUUAUCAACCUCUGUGCCUGGAGCCCCAUCUUUGAUGAAUAUGACCGCAGACGUUUCCAGGAACCGGGCUUUCCCCUGGUCGCCUUAGAGAAGAUGCAGAUCCUCUCCACCCCCGGGCUCAAUGGCACUGGCAGGCUGCCCUUGGUGCCUUCUAAGUACACGAUGACAGUGAUGAUCUUCGUCAUGAUGCUGAGCUUCUACUACUUCUCCCGCCACGUGGAAAAACUCGCAAGGACACUGUUCUUGUGGAAGAUUGAGGUCCACGAUCAGAAGGAACGUGUCUACGAGAUGCGACGCUGGAACGAGGCCCUGGUCACCAACAUGUUGCCCGAUCAUGUGGCACGCCAUUUCCUGGGGUCCAAGAAGAGAGAUGAGGAGCUGUAUAGCCAGUCUUAUGAUGAGAUUGGAGUCAUGUUUGCCUCUCUGCCCAACUUUGCUGACUUCUACACAGAGGAGAGCAUCAAUAAUGGUGGCAUUGAGUGCCUGCGCUUCCUCAAUGAGAUCAUCUCAGACUUUGACUCUCUUCUAGACAAUCCCAAAUUCCGGGUCAUCACUAAGAUAAAAACCAUUGGCAGUACCUAUAUGGCAGCUUCCGGAGUCACCCCAGAUGUCAACACCAAUGGCUUUACCAGCUCCGGCAAGGAGGAAAAGUCAGACAAGGAGCGCUGGCAGCACCUGGCCGAUCUGGCUGACUUUGCACUAGCCAUGAAGGACACGCUCACAAACAUCAACAACCAGUCCUUCAACAACUUCAUGCUGCGCAUAGGCAUGAACAAAGGAGGGGUCCUGGCUGGGGUCAUUGGAGCCCGGAAACCACACUACGACAUCUGGGGCAAUACGGUCAAUGUCGCCAGCAGGAUGGAGUCCACAGGGGUCAUGGGUAACAUUCAGGUGGUAGAAGAAACACAGGCCAUCCUUCGCGAGUACGGCUUCCGCUUUGUGAGGCGGGGGCCCAUCUUUGUGAAAGGGAAGGGGGAGCUGCUGACCUUUUUCUUGAAGGGGCGCGACAAGCCAGCCGCCUUCCCGAAUGGCUCCUCCGUGACCCUGCCCCACCAGGUGGUGGACAACUCCUGA